AUGGUUUCCAUUAACAGUCUCGCUCUCUUCCCGGUCGGAGCUUCUGCAUCAGUCAUACUUUCUACACCAGCUUUUCAAUGUUUGAACGAUGUUCACCUCAAAUACACCAACUUCGACAACAUCGUUAAAGGCUGGAAAGGUGACAUUCUCGGUGCCCUUCCAAUGCUGCCAGCUCAAGCGGCCCUCAAAAGCUCCAUCGAUUCCUGCACUACCACACUCAAGACAAAUUACCCAACCGUCAUAAGCGACCAAGACUACAAUACAUUCAACACCGCAACGGAUGUCGUAUACGGCGACUUCACCACAACUCUAAACGAUAUCAACGCUCAAAAGUCAAAGUUUGACGCUGCUGGUAUCGCGGGUAUCCUUCUUUCCGAUCUAACGGACAUAAAGGGCUCAGCAAGCAAUUUGGGUGCAGCAGUUGUCGGUAUAACUCCUGCUGCCAAUAAGGAUGUGCAACAGACCAAGGUCAAUGCGGUAUCCCAGUUGUUUGGUAUUGUUGUAGGAAACUUGGGUUCUUAA